UGCUUGUAUCAGUUCCUGGCGUUUGUCCCACCGAGCAACGGCAGCCUGAGCGUUCCAGGCACGGCGUCGGUGAUGGUUGAUACUCAGCAUCCACUCACCCUGCAGCUCAACAGCUCUCUGGGGGACACAGAGCUCUGCAAGAUUCAUUAUCAUUUUGGAGAGUUUGGCAAUUAUUCCCUUGUGGUAAAGACCCUAAAUACAAGCACCAAAACUGUUUCUUGUGACCUAGUCAUCAAUGAAGGCCCUAUCAACAGCUACCUCCCUCUUCUCUUUGCUGUCCUGGUUUACAUGGGGGUCCUUGCUGUCUUCAUUGCCGGGCGCCUUCUUAUGAAAAUUGAUCCAGUCAGAAACUGGGUUUACAAGAAACUGAACCUCAGAGAAACUGAUCGUCUGAUUAAUACUGAGCUUGGAUCCCCAAACACAACAGACUCUGUUAACUGUGAUUCAACCCCACGUGUGUGGAGCACAGCCUCUCGGCAGCGGCUGCAUUCCCUGGACACGUUCCGAGGGCUGUCUCUUAUAAUUAUGGUGUUUGUUAACUAUGGAGGAGGAAAAUACUGGUUCUUCAAACACGAGAGUUGGAAUGGAUUAACAGUGGCAGAUCUGGUGUUUCCAUGGUUUGUGUUCAUCAUGGGGACAUCAAUAUCAUUGUCACUGAGCUCCAUGAUGAGGUGGGGAAGUUCCAAGCAGAAGGUGCUCAGGAAAAUCCUCUGGAGGAGUUUUGUGCUGAUACUGCUGGGAGUCAUAGUUGUGAAUCCCAAUUACUGCCUUGGACCCUUGUCCUGGGAUAAUCUGCGUAUUCCCGGGGUGCUCCAGAGGUUGGGAUUCACAUACCUGGUGGUUGCUGCUCUGGAACUCCUGUUUGCAAGAGCUGAGAGUGGGACCUGGGAAGCAUCAUAUCCUGCUCUGCAGGAUAUUCUCCCCCACUGGCCACAGUGGAUUUUCAUUCUGAUGUUAGAAGCGACUUGGCUUUGCCUGACCUUCUUGUUACCAGUGCCAGGUUGUCCCAGGGGCUAUCUUGGUCCUGGGGGCAUUGGAGACUUUGGAAACUAUCCCAACUGCACUGGAGGAGCAGCUGGUUACAUUGAUCGUUUGCUUCUUGGAGAAAAGCAUAUGUAUCAGCAUCCCUCUUCAAAUGUUAUUUACCAAACAACCAUGCCAUAUGAUCCUGAGGGGAUCCUGGGGACCAUAAAUAGCAUUGUUAUGGCAUUUUUGGGAGUGCAGGCAGGAAAAAUUAUCUUGUGCUACAAAGACCAGCACAAACAAAUUAUGAGUCGGUUCCUCAUAUGGGGCAUAGUGAUGGGAAUUAUUUCUGCUAUCUUGACAAAAUGUUCCAAGGAAGAAGGGUUUAUUCCCAUAAACAAGAACUUAUGGUCAAUAUCGUAUGUGACAACCACAAGCUGCUUUGCCUUCAUCCUGUUAUUGCUGAUAUAUUACCUUGUGGAUGUCAAGAAAUUGUGGUCGGGUGCUCCAUUUUUCUACCCAGGUAUGAACUCAAUCCUGGUCUACAUUGGACAUGAAGUAUUUGCAAAUUAUUUUCCUUUUAAGUGGAAGAUGCAAGACAGUCAAUCCCAUGCAGAGCAUCUGACUCAAAACCUCACUGCAACGACUCUUUGGGUCAUAAUUUCAUAUUUACUUUACAGGAGAAGGAUAUUCUUGAAAAUCUGAUGGAGGUGUAGCAGGCCUAGAUUCUGGUGAGGCAAGUGGAUUAGACCGAAAUAUUGCCACUUGUGCUAGGCUGUAUUACUAAAAGGGAUACUGGUUUACAGUGCCAUCGGAGCUGUCAUCAAGACUUUCAUGUGACUUAAGGGACAGUAUUUUCUAUUCAGCAAAAACUUACUAGUCUACUGCACUUUGUCUGUUUUCUGUGUUUUG